AUGGUGGGAUUUUCGCUCUACGAACAGGUAGCUGCAGCGCAGCGAACGAGCGCGCUCUGUGUCUCUCCCAUUGACCAAGCUCUUUGUCGCCCCAUAUUUUCAUAUCCAGACGCUUCCACGAUAGCCAGAACACCAUCCCACAUCGUAUCCACGCACCCAUCGCCUGUUUCUGACCGUGUGUCGAGUCUCAUCUGCAGCCCACCGACGCCACGAAUCGACGCCAUGUCUAGCCCAGGCUGGAUCCGAGACAUGCAGGUGAUGGAGAAAUGCCUGAUGGACGAGAGUGAGGACGAAAUCGAGGCGAGAACAUGCGUCCGAGGUGCCUGGAUGCUGAUAUUCAUCGUAAUCGUCUCGAUGGUCGACAACAUUUUCCGCCGACCCGAGCUCCUACGCGGUGACCAGCACAUCAUCAGCAACGCCUACCAUAGCGGAUGCAUUCUCAUGUCGCCCUGGCGCUCUCCAAGACAUUGCAGGCCUGCUGCCGACACGCCGAUGGAACGUCCCGCCAAGAGCUCCUGGUGUUCGCGGCACACAAUGCUGUCGAUGGCGCUGGGCAUAGAGAGAGGAUCACAGGAAGGCGAUUCGGCGUUCCUUGGCUGGGAUGAGCCGGAAGCACCCGACCCGCAGCUUGGCAUUUUGCUCUUUGCACGUCCACGUCCUGAUGCCAAACUCGCAGGCGCCUGCAAUGCCAGUAUGCAUUGCACCACCACAUCUUCCUUCACGACUCCAUCUCUGGAAAACCCAUCCUGCAUAUCUCUCCGCGCAGCUGCUCUCCCAAUACGCAACGCAGCUUGCCCAAAGUGGCGGAUGUCUGCAUCGCCAUAUCUCCAGAACAGCGUCCCACAAGGCCAACGACCAGUCAAAUCUGUAGAAUCCCCUCUCUCCGCCUGUCAUUCCACGCUCUUCCUUAGCUUACCUGCCAAUCCAUCCAGCGGGAUCACAAGCCUUCCCAUUGCACUUGGUGCCAAAAGAUGUUUGCAUGGAAGCGUGGCCGGAACGGCCAAACUCUGCAUGAGCAUCGGGCUUGACAGAGCAAUUCAACCUGAAUGCUUCCCCAGUUCUUCAAACAUCCCCAACGGACGGAGAAGAGCUGGUGAACCCGAUUAUAACAACUCACGCUUGAUAAUUGAUAAAGACGGGAGUCAUUCGAGAUGGACGUGCCUUGGUGACCAGCUGUCUGGCCUAGAAAGAAAUGAUCCUCGCAGGGUUGAUCCGAUUAUGGAAUCCUCCGCCGCAACGAAGACAGCCGCGGCCGUGCUAGAAAACGUGUUCUUCAGCCCAGCAGGACCACUCCGGAUUCCACGAGAGUUGAGGACAAACCACUCACUGGCAAGCCAAGAGCGACGCAUCAAACUGAUCAAGCACAGCGUCGAGUGCUCCAGGAAUCACCAAUAUUUCACCUUCCACCAACGCCUUGACGAGCAGGUCCUGGGCUUGAAAUCCCUGGGAUCGCAUGGAGGUGAUUCCGAUGGUGUGGAUAGUCAGGUAGCCAUGCCGGUCGCCGACGCCAGAAUCAGGAUUGCCGUCUACACUGCCUUUGUCGCCGUCUCCCAGCAUACGAUUGCCGCCUGCAGUCUGGCCAUUGAAGCUCGAUUAUGUCAAUUCCCGUCUGGAGUCUGGCCAUUGAUGCUCGCUUAUGCCGUAGCUGCUGUUGUCGUUGUCUCCCAGCACAGGAUUGCUGUCUGCGGCUUAGGCGGCAGUGGUAAGCAUUAUGUUGUCGUUGGCGACUCUCCUAUCAUCAUCUCCGGCCAUCUCAUCUACAUCUUGAAACAUGGGAAAGGUGAGAACUUGACCUUCGCCUACAGCAAAGCACUUUGGCCACUGCCCGCAUUGGUGUUGAGCAAGCCCAGUAAACCUAUACCCCUACCCUCGAAAGCAUGGAUACUUCCAGCGAGAGGAGCGUCUCUGCCUCUUCACAUCAAGUUGGAAGCUGUCCGCAGCCGUUCCAGGCCUGGGAGCUUGUUCAUCAGCCACAUGUCCGUUUCAGAGCGGUAUGCCUCGAAGCCAGGACUCGAAGCUCGGCAACAUGCCGCUUCCCGUGUGCGCGAUGCGACGUGCACGCUACACGCAUGCAUGUCACCUGGCCGUGCUUGCUCUUGCGCUCUCUUCUCGUUGCUUGCUCCUAACAAGCGCGGGAUUGUGAAGCGCCCAUAUGAAGGGUGCUCGCCUGCUGCCAUGCGUGCUCCUCGCGGGACUGUGAAGCGCCCACAUGAAGGAUGCUCGCCAACAGCCAUGCUUGCUCCUCGCGGGAUUUCUUCUCCUGUCAGCCAACACCAGACGCGCAUUAUGGUUAUGACCAGCAUAAACCCGCCAACCAUCACCCUUCGUUAUUGCGCCACACUUUCAGGGGUCGACUUCUCCGCCUGUCAUUGCAUGGGUGAUUCAUCCGCGCAGAUCGCUGAAGACUCGGCCGCGCAUUGA